AUGUCACCAUCAUCAUUACUUUCCACUGAAUUGUGGUGGAAUGGCCCGGUAUGGCUUUCACAAGAUGCAACUGAAUGGUGCAUUAGGAAGUCGUCAAUGGAACAAGAGAUACCUGAAGCAAGGGGGACGGCAACAUCUGCAACCAUACAGCAAGAAACCCCAGAAACAUUCAAUAGAUAUUCAACACUUAAUAAAUUAAUACAGGUUCAAGCUUACAUCUUACGUUUUAUUCACAAUUCCCGUCCUGACAAGUGCAAGCGUCGAGGGGAUUUAUCAACAAUUGAAAUUGACGCGGCUACACACUCAUUGGUCAAGAUGGUUCAGGCAUCCGCCUUUUCAAGCGAACUCAGACAGCUGCUAAAUCAUCAAUCACUACCAAGAAGUAGUAAACUUUUACCUCUUACACCCUUUCUCGACGAACAACAGAUUUUACGAGUCGGCGGUAGGCUUCAAAGGGCUAAUCUUCCGUACUCCGCAAGGCAUCAGAUGUUAUUGCCAUCAAAUCAUCCAUUUACCAAACUCUUGAUAGAAAAUGAGCAUUCGAGAUUAUUGCACCUUGGAUCGCAAACAACUCUAGCGUCCAUUCGUCAAAAAUUCUGGCCGUUGAACGGCAGAAACAUAGUUCGACUUACAAUUAGAAAGUGCAUCAAAUGCUUUCGCAGCAAUCCUUCAGUUAUUCAGCCAAUCAUGGGCAAUCUUCCCAGAGCCAGAGUUCAAGUUUCUCGACCGUUCGCACAUGUGGGAAAAAGAUGGUCUAAAGACUAUUUACAUCAAUUACAACAACGCACGAAGUGGAGAAUUGAGGACAUUAAUGUGACUCCUGGAAACAUGGUGCUUAUUAAAGAAGAUAAUACGUUGCCGUUGCACUGGCCUCUCGGCAGAGUACUAGAAGUCCAUCCUGGAGACGACGGCAUUGUCCGAACAGCUACGAUCAAAACGUCUAAAGGAAUCUUUAAAAGAUCAGCAAACAGACUGAGUUUGUUUCCUAUGGAACAAUAA